AUGUCUUAGAGAAUUUAAACUUAAAUUGAAAAUAACUAGCAUAUAAAUCAGAUUUCUGAAGAAAUUUAGAUAAAAAAGGAUUAUUAAAACUUCAUCCUUAUAGAAAACUCAAUUUCUAAGACAGUAUUUAAAAUAGAAUAAACUAAGAUUUAUGAAUGCAUCCGAAAAUAAUCUGACCAAAAAUACAUAGUUUAUCAAUUACAAACCCAAUCUUUUUAAUAAAAUAUUCCCCAUCUUAUUCAAAAACUUAAUUAAUAAAGAUUGGUAAACCUAAUUCAUCCAGAAAAUAUCUAUUAUGAAUAAAAUUGCAUUUAUAUGACAUAAUAAAAAUUUUUAGACACAUUUAGAUUAUAGAAUUGUAGGAAAAGAUUAAAUAAAUAAUUGUAAUUGUUCUUAGUAACAUAACUUUGCAUAAGUUUAUUAUAAUAUUUUAUAUUUUUAUAGCAUUAUAAGAACUAAAUAGACGUAGCUUCCCUCCUUAUAUAUUGAGCCUUAAUAAUAUUUAUAUAAUUGAAGGUGUACUACAUCUUAGUUUAAUUCAUUUUAAUUUUGAAGAAAUUGAAUACAACUAUUUUGAAUCAUUUAAGUAAUUUGGUAAAUGUUAAUAGUAUAUUUUAAGUUAAUUAAUAUUUUCAUGUCAAUGAAUAUUGUAAGGAUAAUUUUGAAAAUACAACUGAUAAUCUUUUAUCAAUUUAAAAAUCUGAUUAUGAUUUAGGAUGCAUUAAGAUGAAUUUCUUCAAAAAGAUAUUUUAGAUUAAUGAUUUAAAAGCAUAAUCUAUUGGAUUUAAUUCCUUUACAUAUACUUCAUCAAGACCUUCACUAUUUUAAAUUUAUCCUCAAAUUAAAAAUGAAAUCUUUAUUAAAGUACCUAGAAUUAUUGAUGAAGAUGAUAUUGAAGUAAAUCAAUAUAGAUAAAUUCAAAAUGAAAGAGAAUUAAUGUUCAAUGAACAAUUAAUUGACAAUUCUAAAUUUGCAACCUUUUUUGCUUAUUUUCGUAUUCAAAAGAUUCCAUUUUUUAUUUUUCUUAAAUAUCCCUUAACAUUGCAUGAUUUAUUUGAAGAAUCAUCUUAAAAAAUUGACCAUCCACUUAAAAAUUUACAAUAUAAGUUUGCUAUGUAAUUAGCUUUAGCUUUAACUGAAUUACAUAAGAUGCAAAUUUUACAUAGAGAUAUUAAACCUUAAAAUGUAUUCCUUACAAAUCUUGAUUGUCAUAUGGCCAAUCUUAAAAUAGCUGAUUUUGAUAGAUCUAGAAAAAUGAAUUAAUAGGAUUGUAAUUAAGAUGAUCCAAAUGGAGAUUAUUCAGUCUUUUCUAGUACUUAUGAUUUCAAUCCUCCUGAAGCUUUUGGAACUAAGUAUGAUUUCUCAAGUGAUAUAUGGUAAUUUGGAUUGACUUGUAAUAUAUAUUAUUCAAAUUAUUUAGUAUUCUAAAUGGCCAAUAAUGGAAUCUAUCCACCAGUAAAAACAACAAAGGUAUUUUAAGAUGAAGACUAUCUUAAAAUAAACUUAGAUUUCAUUAAGUAAGUAUUAUAAGAUAAAUAAUAUAUUAAUUAAGAUUAUGUAUAUUUAAUUUCAAGAUGUUUAGAAUUUAAUAGUGAUUAAAGAAUUACUUUAAAUAAUUUUAUACAACAUUUACGUAAAAUUAGAAUAGAUAUGAAUGAUUAAGAUGAUGUUUUAGAACCAGAUCAAUAUGAAUAUUCAGAAUAAAGUACUAGCAAUUUAGAUUCUACAAUUUGUUGGAAGAAUUUUACAUUUGGAGAAAGUAAAAGUCCUAAUUGGAAUUUAAAUGAAUUAACCCAAUCCACAGGAGAUACAUCAAUAUUUAUAUAGGAUUAAUGA